AUGGCAGACAUGACCACCUUGAUCCAGAAGCGUGCAUGUGAGCCAUGCCGCAACCGCAAAAUACGCUGUGAUAAAUCUUCGCCUUGCUCAAACUGUCGCCUGUCGGGUGCUAGCUGUAUAACCCUCAAGCCUGCCGCACGGCCAAAGCAAGCCCGUGUUCUGAUAUCUUCGCAAUACGAACGCAAGAUCGACUCGAUUGAAAGUCGGCUCGAUCGGUUAAGUAAUCUUGUCGAAUCUCUAGCUCUCCAGCUGCACAGCGCUCCGCCGUGCCAAUCCGCUAUACAACAUUCCUCCACCCAUCGAUUUGCUACAGGCGAUGCUUCGAGUAAUAACAGUACUCCCGAUGUAUGCUCGCGCCAGGUACACGGCUUUCCCACUCUAGACGACCCGGCAGAGAAGGGCCGGUUGUUGAAAGGGCAGUCGUCGUCUUCUUUGUCCGCGCAGUCGUCGUUUGCAGUCCGUUUCCUACACGACGCUGUCGAUUCCAAGCAAGAGAGAGACAUCACCGGAGAGGUAACAUGCCUCCUGAAGACGAUCUCGCAGUUUGUAGAGUCGUUUAGCUACCAGUCGCUUGCGGCGACAUCCUUGUUCCCUCACGCACGGUUAGAGCCAGCCGCAGGCCUGCCAAAGUACGAAAUGCCUCCAAUCGAAGUGACUGUGAGCAUCCUACGGGAGGCACAAGAGACAGACAGCGUAGAUAUCCAACUACUGGCCGAGUCUUUCAAGAUGUUUUUAAGCUCAGAGAGCCUCUCAGAUCUCUGCCUGAAGGUAUAUUUCUCGCCUGAGUACUCGGAUGCAGAGUUUAUUAUCGUCAAUGCAGCCUUAUACUUUUUCGCAACUUGGGCUGGCGUAAUCCAACAACAAGCGAACAGCUCCCUAAACGAUAAUCCCGAGAACUUACUGUCCACCUGUCGUGUCAACCUAGAAACCGCCCUGUCCAGGCUGCCUCUUUAUAUUCAGCCAAGCCACGAGAUGGUAUUCGCUCUUGUUCUUGCAUCUUCCACCAUCCUGGACAGCGAUAUCACCGUCCCAGCGCCAUCGUCUCGAACAAGCUCGUCGCCGGACUCUCAGCUUAUGGAGUACUUUGGGUACUUGGUGGAACUUGCUCGCUUGGCAGGGAGAAUUUACGAGGAACUAUAUUGCGCUGGCUCUCUUUCUCUGCCAGUGGAUGUACGGAGACAUCGUGCGACGGAAUCCUGGCUUCGAUCCGCAACCCAGGAGCACGCCCAAAGGAUAAAAUCCAGCACCAUAUCCGAAGAUGUCCUCCGUCAGUCUAUGUUGACUCUGAUAUACCGCGCUAUGCCGGUCCAAACGGGGUCUUCUUCAACAUUCAACGAAGAAAGUCUUGAAUCAGCACGGGCUGCACUGGAAGGCCACCAGUCCUUUAUUCGUGAGUUUGGCACGACCGAUACAGAUCUCUUAUCUGGGCAUAUAACGUGGUCUAUUCUCUUCGUCCCCUUUGUGCCUUUUAUUGUGCUAUUCUGCCAUGUAAUUGAAACGGGCAGCCUUCAAGACCUGAGCCAGAUGCAAGCUUUCGUCACCUCAAUGGAGUCUGUCUGCCCGCAUUCGCCUGCGAUUGCCAAACACUACCACUUGUUCCAUGUGUUUUGUACCGUCGCUCAGCGCUAUUGUGACAUCAUGUCAACAGCAAGCUCGAGUGAGGAGCAGCGGAGGCUCAGGAUGGAGGUGGAUGCGCAGCUCUGCGCCUUCGGUGUACAGUCUCAGCUACCCGCUGGAAUCUCAGGUCGCAUACCCAACAAGCGCAUGUCAUCAUUAGAAGCUGAUACUAGCAGCCCUGGUGCAAACUUCGGUGAUGGAACCAUUGAUGCGGUGGAUGGGUUCAAUCUGGGAGACUGGUUCUCUUUCAGCCAGAAUAUCGUGGGGUUGUUGGACCGGGAUGACCUGCCUUUUUACUGA